CGCGCGCAGUGAUGGUCUUACCUGGGUUUGCGGAACAAACCACAAAGCAAAGAAAACAUCAGUACGUUAUGGAUCUGUGAUGUACAAAUCUCGCAAGUCCCUGGCGAGAUGGCUGAUGUUCAUAUACAGAUUUUCUCAAGGUCUGCAGCUAAGACAACUUGACAUGCUUGAAGACGGGAUUGCUGGCAGUUCAAGAACGCUGACCAAAAUGGCACAUACAGUAAGAAAGCAGGUGUGCAUGAAAGCUGUUUCCCGUCUUAAAAGCAAAGGCAUGAAGGUUGGAGGUCGACAUCACUUCGUUGUUCUAGAUGAAAGUAAAUUCUCUCACAAAAGGAAGUACAAUCGAGGACGAUUUGGCAACAGCUGGCGUCGCAAACGGCAGUGGGUCUUCGGUAUGCUGGAGGUCGGGAUAACUACUAGAAGACCAAUCCUCAAACUUGUGAAGACACGCUCACGCCGUGUUCUUCUUCGUGUGAUCAGACGCCAUGUCAAACGAGGAAGUUACAUAAUGAGUAAUGAAUGGCGUGCGUAUAGGGGUCAGCUCAGUCAGUAUGGAUAUCAACAUUUCUCUGUAUGCCACAAAGACAAUUUUGUUGAUGCCAGGACAGGCAGCCACACUCAGCAUAUUGAACGUGCUUGGCAGACAUACAAGGUGGACAUAUGGCGUCAUAGGGGUAAUCGCACAUCCAGACUGCUUAAGUACCACCUUAGGUUGAUUGAAUGGCGGUACUGGCUUGGAAAUAAACACCCUGAAGGUCUAUUGGGUAGACUGAUCCAUGAUUUGAAAAAAUUCCAAUGAUGGAUGAUUUGUUCAUUUGUAUCACUAUUUGGAUACUAACACUCCUGUUUGUUUUCUCAGUAAAAUCAGUUUUGCGACAGGUAACAAUUGUAGAAUGGACUACGGCUUCACUCAAAGUGAUUGUUAUUGCAGAUUUAAAGAUGGAAUGAUGUUAAUUUAAAUUUUUUCAGCAUGAAAUGAGUACAUAGCCAAUUACUAAUUAAUUGAAUGUUAUUGAAAUGUAAUUUCAGUCAAGUUACUAUUCUAAGUGUCAGAUGUAUCUGGGUAAAGAAAUUUGUAAA